AUGGGUGUAUUUACUGAAAACACAAGACCCACAAUUUCUGCUGCAUACAAAUCUCGGUCAACAAUUAGCAAAGGACUUGAAUUAGAAAUUCAAUUUUGGGAUACUGCUGGAGAAGAAAAGUAUCGAUCUCUUGCACCAAUUUAUGUUCAGGACGCUUUCAUGGCAAUUUUAAUGUUCGACGUGACAAAUAGAGAAAGUUAUCAAAGCAUUGAAUUAUGGUAUGAAUUAUCACAGUCACGUGGAACAAUCCCUGUUAUCAUUUUAGGUAAUAAAAACGACUUAGAUGAUCGAUUUACAAGUGUUUCUACUUUAGAGAACGAAAUCAGUGAAAAGUACAAUUCAGUAUACCUAGAUAUUAGUGCGAAAUUAGGUAUGAAUGUUGAACCUUCUUUUCAAGCAAUUGUCGACGAAAUAGAAAAAUUACCAAUAGAAUCGAAAGAUCCACGAACUAUACGCGCUAAGAAAAAAUCUGAAGAAGCGUGCUGCUAG